CAAUCUUCUCGCGAUUUUACGCGGAUCGAGGUGUGUCGUAAGUGACGGGCGCGUGUGCGUCUGUGUGCAUGCAGUGAGCUCGAGUUCGCUGGGUAGUGUCCCCGUUGGAGUGGCUUUUCAUCUGCCUCGGAGGGACAUGAACUCCCGAAUAAAGGAGGAUGUUAGCCGACUGUUUGAGUUUUGGUGCGAGAUUGCUCCCGGCAAGCCAGAUGACUCCGCGCCGGGCUACAUCGUGGAAAGCUUCCCGGAGUCGUUCAAGGAUGCGAAGGUUACAGCCGACAUUCCUGCGUUCGCCUUUCCGUGCGCCUUCGAGAGUCGAACCAUUCAGGUGCACUCGUUCGUGCUGACCAACAUCGAUUCGAAAUGGCGCUUCGGAUUCUGCCGGCACGAUCCGAAAUCGCCCACCGCGAUGGUGAUCAUCACGUACCUGCCAUGGCACGACACGUUUAUGCGCUUCCUCAACGUGCUGGCCGACAUCAAGAAGAACCGCCCGGACGAGUUCGGCGCCUUUCUGGCCGAAUCGUACGGCAAGGGCGUCCCGGAGCCGGGCGCCUGCCUGAAGCUGCACUACGAUCGGCCCGCACAGACGUUCAGCUUCCAAAGACCUCAACAGUUUCAGCUUCCCAGUAUUCCGGAAAACCAUAACCUCAACCAGUACUACAACUUUGUGGAACCGAAGUUUAUGAUCGGCAUCUUCGCUGCGAUGCUGGCAGAGCGGCGCAUCAUCUUCGUGAGCCGGCGGCUAGACAUCCUGUCGUCGUGCGUGCAGGCCGCGAACGCUUUCCUGUACCCGAUGGUGUGGCAGCACAUCUUUAUCCCGGUGCUGCCGAUGCAGAUGGUGGACAUCCUGGGCGCACCGAUGCCAUUUCUGAUCGGCGUCCCGGAGGCGGUGUACGAGACGCUGCGCCGCGAGGAGAUCGGUGACGUGGUCAUACUGAACUGUGAUAAACGAACGCUGGAGACACCGUUCGACGAUGUGAAAAGCAUGCCCCAGGAGCUGGUUGCCUCGCUCAAGAAGCAGCUCUCCAACCCGGCCGAUCAUCGGGGCGAUCGGGUUUCAAAGAUAUUUCUAGGUAUUCUAGUGCAAUUAAUCGGUGGCUAUCGGGACGCGGUCAAGUUUAACGGUAAAAUUACCUUCGACCCGGAAACGUUCAUCGAGUCCCGGCCCUCACAUUUACGGCCGUUCCUCUCGAACAUGCUGCAACUUCAGAUCUUUCAGCAGUUCAUCGAAGAGCGGCUUGACAUGCUAAACACCGGGCUGGGGUUUUCGGACGAGUUCGAAGUCGAGUACUUCCGGUACGCGGAAAAGUCGGGCCGAAAGGUGAAACAGUACAAGGACUUGCUGAAGAACUUCAAGGACAAGACUAAUCCGGCUGUACGCUCGGCGGUCAAAUCGGUCAAGGAAGGUGGCAAAGGAGUCAAGACGGCGUACAAAGGGUUGCGGUCCAAGUUUCGUGAAACGACUCCACCGAAAACGAAGCUGGACAGUAGCAGCAGUUUGCAUCUGCACCACCAGUACGACGUCGGUUCCGGCCACCCUCAGUCAGCACCGAACUCGCCCGUAUUCCCGAAGCGGCCACAAACCAUUGCCCUUCCGGACGAUGUCUAUCACACGCAUCAUCCGCACCAGACGCUCACACCAUCCUCAACCUCACUGUACAACUCACCGCACAUCCUGAUGGGCAGCAGUGGCCACCAUCGUGCGGGUAACAGUAGCAGUAGCUCGGGCUACCACACGGUCACCGGUAGUCACGGUGGUGGUGCUGCUGGCGGCACCAGCUACGCUGCGAACAACAACCUCAGCAACGGAGGCGGCAACCACAGUGCCGCCAGUACGGUCAACAACAACACCACGGCAACGAUGGUGAGCAGCAGCGCUAGCGAUAUCCGUAGCCCGACCCUCAGCCCGACCAGUUCGAACUCGUCGUCGGAGAUGAACCUGUGGCAGGAAAUGCAACACCACUUGACACUGUUUAAAUCGCCGGCCGUCAAUCGGAGUCUCAAGCCAUCGAGUGCAGGCUGCGGUGGUGACAACAGCAGCCGGCCGUCGUCCCGUGCAGGAGCACCGGUCAGUCCGCCGGGCGCCAAUCACACGACACUGCCACGAAUACAGGAAUCGAUCGCCCUUCGAUCGCACCAGCCUCUGCUGAGCUUAAGUCUGCAUGAUCGCGGCCGCGGUGCUGCCGGUGGUGGUGAAUGGUCCAAUGGUCGCAACAAUAAUGGCAGCAGCGAGUACAACGAUGACGAGCAGGCCAACUUUGACCUCUCGCCGGACGCUCCGUGUCCGCCGAUUCCGCCACGGCGGUUCCAGUCGGCGGCCGAUGCGCUGGCCGCGAUUCAAAUUUCACCUCCGCCCAUGUCGCCCCCCUCGACAUCCAGUUCCAGCUCGUCACCUUAUCGUACCUACAACAACUUCAUACCUUCCCUACCAAAGCCAAAGCCGGUGGCCGGGGCCGGCGCAACGGCGUCAUCGUCGCUGGCCGACCAAUCGCCCUCGCUGCCGUCCCCACCGCCCCCUCCGCCGCUGAAGGCGGCCGGAACGGGAAAACGAAACGAACUGUUACCGCUGCUACUCGGCGAUGAGGACGAGGAGCAGCUGAUUACGAUUACGACGACCACGCAGCCGGGCCUCAUCACGACCUCCACCACCACCAGCAUGUCCAUGACUUUCGAUCACUCACCGCACAAACAGCUGCUGCAUAACGCCGGUCCGCUGUCAAACAGCAACGGCAGCAACCACAUACUGCCACUGCAGCCCGCAACAACCGCUCAGCCACCGACGGGGCCAACGGUGGGCCACGCGAAGCCCCCGUUGCUGCAUGCCUAUACCUUGCCACACCCACCGAAGGUGCAAGCGCCGCAGCCACCGCAACGGCCACCGCUUGCCCCGAAGCCCACCUUCCGCAAAGAGUCUCUAAACGGUGACAUACCGGAUUUCGUUUCAUCCACGGGGUCAAACACCGAACACAACACCACAACACCCCCACUGGGCGAAGAUUCCCUCGACCUAAUCACGCUCGACACCACCAACUCCAGCUUCGAGCUGGAGGACUUCGAUCCGCUCAACGAACGCGCCAAACCGAUUGCCGCCGUGCAUGCAAGUCCGCAAUCUGGUUCCGCACUAACCACCUCCAGCUACCACCAUCAUCCCGCUGGCUUGGCUCCAAACGCGCCCGGUGUCACCGUGCCGAUCGCAUCGUUCCCCUCGGCCAGUCUCGGCGUUAAUAAUCCCGUCUAUCCUUAUUUCACACCGUUGUACCAACAAAACGUGUCCCCAUCGCACCAUCACCAACGCCAACCACCACUACCUUCUUAUCAACUGGGUGCACAAGGGCCGGGAAGCACCUCACGGCCGACCAGCGCCCAGGGUGCUGGUGUUGGUCCCAGUGCCACACCUGCCAGCAGUAGCACUUCGGAUGACUUCGAACUGCUGCGAAACUAUGGUCUAGAUAAGUUCGCACUGCUGGACGCCGGCGGCAUGAAGCCGGCAAUGCACAUGAACGGUGGAAGUGGGUCACAAGCGCACUCCGCCAAGACGGUCGACAUUCUGCUCGGUAGCGUACAGGGAACGAAUGGCCGGAGCAGUUUCGGAAGUGCCAGUGGUAGCAUCAUCGGCAACAAACACACGAUGGCCAGUAAUGGAGUCAUGGGUGAGACGACUCCCAGGCAGUCAGGAUACAACGGACAAUCGAAGCCAGCAUUUAGCCACUGGACAACGUUCGAUUGAUCAGCAGCCGCGGAAACAGCACAGAAAUGGCCAGAGGCCUGCACUAGUCACUGGACGGGAUCACAUGCGCCGCCGUUCGAUACCGUUCGGUGCAUUUAAAAAGGUUAAAUCUCGAGUCGACAACUGGGGAAUCAACAGCACAGAGGGGAAUUUUAGGGAUAGCCAACGGUUUCGAUAGCGUUCGUGGUGGUUGUUCAAUGCCGAUGCUAAAACGGUACCGACGAAUUGUUAAACAAGACACACAUUAAAGAUAGAAGAUCCUAUAAAGCUGAAAAAAUCCAUGCUCAUUGGCCAUAUUAUAUUUAAAUCGAAGGACGAAAGUCACCUUUGGCAGAACGCGGAGCUAAAGUAUUAGUCACUUAUCUGGAACAUGGGUGUGGCUUGGUUUGGCAAUCUUAUUUUUUGGCAAAUAAAAACCUACAGACGAACACCACGACGCCUCGGUGGCCGAUGAUGGUACGGAGCACAAUCGUAUAACGAUGGUGAAUCAAUGUGAAAAGGAGCACCGUAGAGGAUAGAGUUGGUUCAGUUGUGUGCUGGUAUCAGAUAGGGAUUUUCAAACAGCCAAGUCAAUAGAGGCACAAAGUUAUGCGAUGAGCAUAAGCCAAUAUCAGGAUGAUGGCUGCGGUGCAAUUGAGUCAGACAGGAAUGUGUACAGUCAGUUUGGUGGGCAGAAUUGCCAUAAAUAUUAAUAAAGGAAUGGUGACGCCGGUAGUCUCUUUUGUGAAAACAAACUCUUUUUUAAAUUAAACGACAGUCCCCAGAUCGCCUGGAUCGUUCUCGGGUGAAAGCAGCACAUACACCAAAAGACUUGCAAAGAGACAGAGAAUUAUAUAAGCAUAUUUUAAGGCGAAUAGUUACGGAAAAGUAAUAGCUUUCAGUAGAUAAUGGAACCGUUGCCCGUCGUUUACGGAAUAAUAUUUUAAAAUUCAUUUUAACUCCAAUCUCACAAUCGCUCCCUGCGCGCGUUAAACUUUCUUCAUUCGAUCGUUCGCAUCGUGUUUGGGAUUAGGAGACUCCCGUCUCUCUCUCUCUCUCUCCCUCUCUUUUAAGCAGAAUUAGAAGAAAAAAACCUCGAUUUUAGUGUAUACUCAAGCAAAACAAGAGGUGCUUAAUGGCCACAACACGCACCCCAGUCGACCAAUCGCGCUAUGAUAGAUAAACCAAAUAUUCAUCUAUAAAAAGACCGUGUAGAGCGAUCACGCGAAACUAGGCUACAAGUGGAGUCUUGUUGCAGUGAUAACUCCGUAAGAUAAACUAAUCAAUCUGUAGUAACCCGAACUUCAGUUC